CCCACAUCCAAAUUUGAAGGAGGGCCUGCGUAAGUUCCCGCGAAAUCGUGUUUAUACCUCAACGCGGAGCUUUUCCCUCAGUUCAAGAGCUUUGUUUACGGGAUCAAAAACCUGCAAUAACGUUAACGAAACUAUUUCAUACUUUGUAGAUAUGCCUAAGAGAUCCUGUCCAUUUACGGAGACUUUCUCCUCACAAUAUAAAAUUCAUGUUAGUCAAAAGGAAUUAAGCAGUCAUGGAGUGUUUGGGAACAUGUACCGACAAGAAAUAUACGAAAAGACGAAGAACUUGCUUUUCAAUGGGACCAAAGCCGUUAUGGACAGACUAUGGAAAGUGAGCGGGGAGGACAAGUCAUGUAAUGGCCAUAUCUCCAAAGAGGCUCCUAUGGCAAAUGGAGCCCACACUCUCCUCAAGGGACAGACUGUGAUUGGAUUCGACGGCAAGCUAAAAAAGACAACAGCUGCUCCAGAUUGUGUCUCCAUGGUUGGUGCGGCAGCUCCCACAGGCUGCAGUGUGUGCCUGAAGGCCAGUGCGUCCAGAAAGCCCUGCUCUCAGUGUGAACGUCCAAUCUGCACCUCCUGCACCCAGCAGUGCAUCGGCUGCACCAGUCUCUGCUGCACCUUCUGUAUCACUGUAGAUUACACUGAUCGGUAUGACAAGGCUUAUUGCUGUAGCUGCUCAUCGUAAUCGAAGACUGAAGGACCAUGAAGCCAACUAGAGGACUGUGGAAUAUGCUUGAACUCUUUUUAAACUGUAAUGAUGCAUUGAAAUCAAUUAUAAGACUAUAUUUUAUAUGCAUGUUUACGUUUUUACUGCAAUACUUCUGUAUAAAUGUGUACAUUUGUGUGUUUCCUGUAAUAAAGUCUUUAAAGAAGUGGCUGUGUUUGUUUAUAAGAUGUAUGUCUAUCAUGAAAGUUGUACUGAAUCUUUGUUUAACUGGGGGAGAGAAAAACAUUGGACCUCUUAUUUCCAAAUAGUGCUGAAAGUUGUUUGUUCCUUAUAAGAUAUGUUUUAUAUUUUCAUCCCAUUUCCCCUAAUACCUGUGGCCUUUGAGUGAUGUGUAUUUGUAGGAUGCAAGACUUGAACUGGCUGAACGUUUGUAGUGUGUAUGCGCUGAAGUUUCAUAUCCUGUUCAAUAAAUUCUUUAUCUGGUA